AUGGCUGGAGUCAUGUACCCGCCCUAUCCGCCCUUCCUGAACUAUGGGCCCACUUACCGGCAGCAGCCCCCCUACUACAAACCCAGGGGGCCCUACUGGAAGGCUCCCUACAAGGUGGCCCCAGGGCCCAUGAAGUCUGCCCUGCCCUUUGACUGCCUGGACAACUACCGGUGGGCUCAGCUGAAGGCCUUGCUCAGCCAGCUGGGCCCGGAGCUGGGGCUGAGCCGCUCCUACACCAAAGAAGUGGGGGUCCAGGUCAACCCCAGAGUGGACGUGUCUGUCCAGUGUUCACUGGGGCCCCGUACGCUGAAGAGCCACAAGGGAUGGCCCCUACUGUGCCGGGCCACACCCGGGCAGCACGCCGGGCUGCGUAUCGUCACCCCGGUCCGCUUUCCCCGCACCGUAGCCGUGUACUCCCGACUGUCAGACCGGAGACUGUUCACACUGCCCCCUGCCCAGAGGAGAGAGGGGGAGCAGCCGGAGGACGACUGGGGGAGUAGUACUGGGACCAAGAGACCCACAAUCCAGUUUCUGGAGCAGAAGUAUGGCUUCUUCUACUGCCGGAGCUGCCAGGUGCGGUGGGAAAGCGCGUACGUGUGGUGCGUAUCUGGAACCAACAAGGUUUACUUCAAGCAGUUCUGCCACAAGUGUCAGAAGGGCCACAACCCCUACUACGUGGAGUCCAUCGAGUGCAAGACCUGCAUGAAGGCCUGGUGCUCGUGCCCGGAGAGGCGCCAUCUGGACCUGAAGCGCCCCCACUGCCAGGAGCUGUGCGGCCGCUGUAAGGGCCAGAGACUGUCCUGCGAUAAGACCUACAGCUUCAAGUACAUCGUGUGAGGCCGCGCUGAGCGCAAACCUGUAUAGUUUGUGAUUUUUGUGUAAAAUGUGUAAAUAAAAUGCUUAUUUUUGUUACUGGAUGGAUGUAUAGAUGCUGCACUGUCCAAUCAGACGGCGGCUGCAGCUUGUGGCCCCUGGCGCUGUGCCCGGCGCCCGCCGUCUGACCUCCUGUAUAUAUCACCUUUCACUGAC